AUGGCAUCAACUCCAGCACAGCUUGUUUUGCAAACUUUACAACAUAGAAGCACAUUUUUAGGCUACAGUUCUGCCUUGUUUAAAGCUGUUAAGGAAAUAUAUUCUUUUCUCUCCCUUUCUUCCUUUCCUUCUCACCCUCCUCCUCUUGCCGUCGGCCACCACAUCUCAACGUAUCCAGUGAAUGACCAUGCCAUUACUCGGUGCCGUGAUGCACAAACCCGGCCACUAUGGGCCUGUCUUGGCCGAAACGUUGAAACAUGCAUGGAAGAUGAAAAACCAAUCAAAUUGCCUGAAUCAUAUGCCAUGAAUGGUGGAGAUGGAACUUGCAAGAGGAAAGGUAGAUGCUGCAAAGGAACUCAUCAACUUUCUUCAUCUUCCACCAUAAACCCAUUUCGCAUAGCAGAUUUUGGUCGUUCCACAGGACCCAAUACGCUUCUAGCAAUGCAGAUCAUACUUGAAGCAGUGGAGCGAAAAUUCAAAUCAGAAAAACCAACAACCCAAUUCGUCCUAGAAUUUCAGGUGUUCUUCAGUGACCAAGUUUUGAGUGAUGUCAACACCCUUUUUCAAUCUCUCCCACCGGAAAGACGAUACCAUGCUGCAGGAGUAGCCGGCUUUUUCUACGACACGUUAUUCCCUACGGCCUCCCUUCACUUUGCUUUCUCAUCUUCUUCACUGUGUUGGAUCUCCGAUUUGCCGAAGGAGAUACUGGACAGUAAGUCUCCAGCGUGGAAUAAGAAAAGGAUUCACUAUACAGGAGGUAGAAAAGAAGUUUACGAGGCUUAUGCAGCUCAAUAUGCCAAAGAUUUGGAGACAUUCUUGAAUCCAAGGGCAGAAGAGCUUGUGGGUGGAGGGCUGAUUGCUCUUCUGAUUCCUAUUGUCUCUAAUGUUAUGAACUCUUCUGAAAUUACCAUUGGGUCAGGGAUUGAUCUUCUUGGAUCUUGCCUCAUGGACAUGGCCAAAAUGGUUAGAAAUGUUGAGAAAUUAUAAUUUUGUUGACUUUUAUAUUUUUUAAUUGUUAACACACAUAACUUUUUCAAGAUUGUACGCAUCUGACCGACAAUGGCUGUAUCUUGCAUUACCCUGACCUAAAUUACACCAUUUAGAAUGACCAACAUCAUUAUUUAAUGGACUAAGCUAGAUUUAUGAAAAAAGGUUAAAAAGCCGAUCAUUUGAUUACGUGACUCUAAUAUUUUGGUAUUUUAUUUUACUUGUAACAAAUUUAAAAUUCAAAAUUUACAAAUUUUGCUCAAUGCUUUUACGUCAAUCUUUUGAAUUUUUUUUUGUCCCCUUUUUUAAAAUUCUUUUAUGUAUAGUUUUUUUAUUUAUGGCUUUGGAUCUUGUAUGGACAACAAAGUAAACCAAUUCGGUAUUGUUUAAAUGUCCGAAAGGAGAAUAUAUUCUCUAUUGUACAGCAAAAGUGUUGUCUCUCAAAACAACAUCUUUUUUCCAUGAAAUGACGGUUCCUGUGCUUUGAACCCACUGCAGUUGGUCAUUAUUCAUUUUUUUUUAUGUGAUGUCUUUUUUCUUAUUCAGUAAAUUAUUGUCUUCCUCUUUUUUGAUUCUAAUAGAGAGCUCAUUCAAAAUUAUAGGUAUGUUUAGUUUGCAUCUCAAAAAUUAUUUUUUUAUCUUUAAAAACAGUUUUUGAGAGAAAAGCUUUUUGGCCAAUUAUUUUUUAUUUUUAUUUUUUUAAAAAUUGAGAUUAAAAAGUUGAUAGAUUUAAAGAAAAAAAGUUAUGACUGUCUUGUGUAUUUUUUUAAAAUAACUUUUUUAGAAUUUAGAAAACACCACCACCACACUUCCACAAUCAUCACAUUUCUAAUUUUAUUAUUUUCUGAGUUACUAUUCAAACAAAUUUUACUAUUUUCUAUUCCGUAAAAUUGUUUUUAGAAUCAUAUAACUAAAUAAGGUUUACGAUACAAAAAAU